UCUCUUCUUGGCUAAUGGGCUCCCAUAGAACUCUCGACAGCAAAUAUAAGACAGUUUAAUUAGUGCAAACAGUUUAGAAAGGGGUUACUCAUACGACGCGCGUCAGAGCUCUCAUCUGGCUUAAAACCCUGCUGGUGUUCCUCGCACUCUCCACCACUCUUUGCUCAGCGGGUACAUUCAACGCCCGCCCCGCGUUCCCUGUGCAAAACCAGCCAACUGCCGAGAACAGCAAGCAGCCCGGAAGACGCAUCAUGAACCCAGCCUUUGCCAACGCCGGCCGCGCUCCCGGCCUGGAAAUCUGGCGCGUUGAGAAUUUCGAGCCGGUGGCCUACCCAAAGAAUAACUACGGAAAAUUCUUCACCGGAGACUCCUUCAUUGUGUUGAAUACCAUUGAAAGCAAGAAAGACAAAAAACUCUCCUGGGAUGUGCACUUCUGGUUGGGCUCCGAAACGUCGACCGAUGAGGCUGGGGCUGCUGCCAUCCUGACCGUCCAAUUGGAUGACCUCCUGAAUGGCGGCCCUGUGCAGCAUCGCGAGGUGCAGGAUCACGAGUCGCAGCUGUUCCUGGGAUACUUCAAGAAUGGCGUUCGCUACGAACAGGGCGGUGUCGGAACCGGCUUCAAGCACGUAGAGACAAACGCCCAGGGGCAGAAGCGACUGUUCCAGGUCAAGGGCAAGCGGAACGUGCGUGUGCGGCAGGUGAAUCUGUCAGUGUCCUCGAUGAACCAGGGCGACUGUUUCAUCUUGGAUGCGGGUAGCGAUAUCUACGUCUACGUGGGAUCGCAGGCCAAGCGCGUGGAGAAGCUGAAGGCCAUCAGCGCUGCGAAUCAGAUCAGAGAUCAGGACCACAAUGGACGUGCCCGUGUGCAAAUAAUCGAUGACUUUAGCACCGAGGCAGACAAGCAGCAGUUCUUUGAUGUGCUCGGAUCCGGAUCCGCCGGCCAGGUUCCCGAGGAAUCCACCGCAGAGGAGGACAGCGCUUUUGAGCGUGCCGACGCUGCAGCCGUGACCCUCUACAAGGUGAGUGAUGCCAGCGGCAAACUACAAGUGGACACCGUCGCGCAGAAACCUUUGACCCAGGCCAUGCUGGACACUCGCGAUUGCUUCAUUCUGGACACUGGCUCCGGCAUUUUCGUGUGGGUCGGACGAGGCGCCACUCCAAAGGAGAAGACCGACGCGAUGGCCAAGGCCCAAGAGUUCCUCCGCACCAAAAAAUACCCUGCCUGGACCCAGAUCGAGCGCAUUGUCGAGGGCGCCGAGUCCGCACCAUUCAAGCAAUACUUUGCCACCUGGCGCGACGCUGGCAUGGCGCACACACGCCUCAUUCGCUCCGCCCUGGAUAUCGGCUCAGACGAGUCGCUGGAUGUGGACGAGAUCGACGCUGUGGUGCACAAACUGAAGAGGAGUGGUGGACGGGCCAUUGGCUUUAUGCCGGACCACGGACAGAACAGCAUUGAGAGCAUCACGCAGUACGUCAGCAAGCCCGAUUCGGGCGAGGUCCUGGUCCACACCGUUCCCUUCGAGGAAAACCUUCCGCUUCUGGGCUUUGGCUCGUAUGUUCUCACCUACAACUACGAGGCCAACAAUGGCGACCAGGGCCCCAUCGUUUACGUGUGGCAGGGUGCCAAGGCCAGCGCUGCUGUCAAGGAGAGAGCCUUCCAGGAAGGCCUCUCCAUGGCUGUGGAGAAGAACGCCCUGCUAGUGCUGACCGCUCAAAGCCACGAGCCGCGCCACUUCUAUAAGAUCUUCAAGGGCAAGCUUCUGGCCUCGUACACCGCCCUGCCAGUGACGGCGCAGCUGUUCCGCAUCCGGGGCACCGUCGAGAGCGAUAUCCAUGCCAGCGAAGUGCCCGCCGAUAGCUCGUCACUGGCCUCUGGGGAUGCUUUCGCUCUCGUGUCCGCGAAGUCGCACAAGAUCUUUAUUUGGAAUGGCCUGGGAGCGUCUAGCUUCGAAAAAACUGCGGCCAAUGAACGCUUUGCGCACUACUGGAACGACGCUGAGGUGGAGGUGGUCGAGGAGGGUGCAGAGCCCGAGGAAUUCUGGGAGGAGCUGAAUGGAGAGGGCCAGUACGAUCGCAGCCUGGACGACCAUGGAGCCCCCCUGCUGGAGCCACGUCUCUUCCACUGUCGGCUCACCCGCAAUGGGUUCGUGAAGGUCGAGCAAGUGGCUAAGUACGAACAGGAGGACUUGGACACCGACGAUGUCAUGCUGCUCGAUGCCGGCGAUGAAAUCUACAUGUGGGUCGGCUCCGGAGCCACCGCCGAGGAGAACAGCAAGAUUGUGGACAUGGCAAAGCGCUACAUCCGAGUGGAGCCCACCGCACGCACCAUCGAUACCGUGAGCAUCGUGCGCGUCGCCCAGGGCCAGGAGCCACGGGCCUUCAAGCGUAUGUUCCCGAACUGGGAGGACAACUACUGGCAGACAUUGCCUUCCUACGAGGACGUCAAGCAGCAGGUGCUUGAUGCCAACAACGAGGUCUAGAAAACCCACCCGAUGGAAUCUCAGCAAAAUUUACCAAAUAACUUUUUGUUUUUACCCUUUGAAAACGUGCAUCGUUCGAGUAUGUAACUUUAUAAUAAAUUGAUAAAAUGUAUAAAACCCA